CGUGCUGGACCGAAAGGCCAUCUAUCAAGAUUGUGCGAACGAUGGCUCCUUGAUCCCUCCAACUCUUUGCUGGUUUCCGCUCGAAUUGUCGCUCUUUUCCUCACACCGACUCCGGCCUCCGACCUAGCCCGCCGAACCGAACCCCAGAGCGCUUCAAGGUCGCACAGAAACCAGAUCGUCUUCCCGCCAGGAGUCGGUGCUUUCGAUUCUCCUUGGUUGCGACUUGCGAUUCCAACGCCCUCACGACUUGAAAAUCGAUGAGGUGACCCCGUUACCGAACCCUAAGAAGACGCGCAGAUCUAGCACUGCCCUCGAGGCUGUCCGCUCAGGCAAAAUGCACUUCGCCUACCCUCCUCGCAAAGACUCGAACCCCCCACCAUUCCGACCUAGAACUUCGAAGGUGCCGCUGUUGCGACCGAGUCGCCUAAGAACUAUACUCUUGCUCCUGCUGACCAUUGUUGGGUUCUUGUGGCUUCUUUCCGGUCCGAGGAAGGAACCUCCAUAUCGCGAGCAUGUGCCCUCUGGGAACCCGCCCGUCGUCAUCUUGACCGUCGUGGACCCAACAAAGUACAGCGAUGAGUACCUGAAGACGAUAACAGACAAUCGAGAGCAGUACGCCGCGAAACAUGGCUACGUGACCAUGAUUGUAAAGCUAUUUGACUACCAAACCGACGGCGCCCCUCAAUCAUGGGCCAGAAUCUUUGCGAUGCGACACGCCCUUUCUUUAUACCCUGAGUCCAAAUUCAUCUGGUUCCUCGACCAAAAUGCCUACAUCAUGGAGUUGGACGUGUCCCUGGAGGACCAACUGACGGACACGACGAAGCUGGAGGGUUUGAUGAUCAGGGACCGGUCCAUCGUGCCGCCGGACAGCAUUAUCAAGACUUUUACUCAUCUGAAAGGAGAUGACGCUGCCUUUAUCAUCAGCCAGGACGAGGCCGGGCUUGUGAUAAACAGUUUUCUCAUCCGCAAUGGUGACUGGGCCAAGUUCUUUAUUGAGACAUGGAUGGACCCUCUCUACCGAAGCUACAAUUUCCAAAAGGCUGAGAGACACGCCUUGGAACACAUCGUACAAUGGCAUCCCACGAUCUUAUCAAAGCUCGCCCUCGUGCCCCAGCGCACCAUUGCCUCGUACGGCCGCAACAAGGAGGGCAACUCGUACCGAGACGGCGAUUUCGUGGCCCUUCUGAUAGACUGCCACCCAACCGGACCCAACAGCUGCGACAAACAAUCGCAAUCCUACCUGAAUCAACUGCGGACUAAGGCCGCCGCGGCGGAGCAGAAAUCCUAGACGACCCACGACGAGGCAUUAUGGAAGGCGGGAGUGAAAUUAUGGCGUUUGAGACUUGGAGCAUCUCCGGCAUGGAGGAAGCGAAUCUAUGUAAAUCUCUUGGCGUUAUCGGACUGUUCCAGGAUAUUGGAAAGCAUGAGGGCGAGAGACGGGACUUUUGGGGCAGAUGGUCUUCAGCGUUGCGUCUGGGGAAUCGGUGGUUCAGUGCCAUUUAAGACGAGGGCGACAGCAUUCAAAUUUCUCACGAGGGAAUUUUAUAUUGAAGAACAAAGUGCUCAACUAUUGACGUACUUAGCAUUUGAGGGACGUUUCGUUUUAUUUCAGGCUAGAUUAUGACAGUCAGCUCUGACUGGUGAGUUUGAAUGCAGAAAUGAGCCUGUUCAACUAGCGAGCAGGCGUCUUCA